AUGACGGCGACAAACAGACCGGUUGCCAAAAUAAUUGCCUACGAUGAAGAUGAUGGUGAAAAUGCAAAACUGUCAUAUUUUCUCACAAAUUCACCAGCAUCACCUGGUCUUUUCCGGAUUAAUCAUUCCUCAGGUGAAAUAAUGCUUGUCAAGAAUACAAAUGUCAGAGCACAAGAGAAACCAAUAAAACUCACUGUUACUGUGAUCGAUCACGGUAAACCAUCUCUCCAGAAUACUUCUAUUCUUUAUGUAACAGUAGAUUUUGGCAAUAAAACGUGGACUUUAUCUGACCUUAAUAAUCAUCCCGACGAUGAGAACAAGAAGAUAGGCAUCAUUUUGGGAAUUGUCACGGCUUGUUUAUUGGUAUGUGUGAUUGUUGUUACCUGCAUAGUUAGAAGAAUUGAUGAUAACAGACGACGUUAUCCACCCAAAAAGCUUGAAGACAUUGCACUUAAUAAAUAUUUAGAAAGAACUGUAAGUCCACAGGUAUCAUUAAAUCUUCAGAAAGACUCUAACGCCACAGCUGUCGGCUCUUUACAGCCUCAAGGAAGAACAGAAAGUGAAACUACUGAAUAUGUGGAAGAAGAGAAAGAAAUCAAUGAAUGCUUAAAUAAUACAAAUUCAGAGAAGGCAAAUGAUUCCUUAAAUCAAAUUUCCCUUCAAGGAAGUUGUGCAGCUUUAUUAGAAUAA